CUAGUUCCGGCUUCUGUACUGUUGCGGACGUAGGAGUGGAUACCUGAAAGUAUCCGAGACGCUGGGUUGUGACAUGCCGGGCGGAGGCCAGUGCCCCGAUUGCGGCUCCACGGAGCUCGUGGAAGACUCUCACUAUUCGCAGAGCCAGCUGGUGUGCUCAGACUGUGGCUGCGUGGUCACCGAGGGAGUCCUUACUACCACCUUCAGCGACGAGGGCAACCUCCGAGAAGUAACAUAUUCCCGAAGCACAGGGGAAAACGAUGGAGUUAGCCGCAGCCAGCAACGAGGGCUCCGCCGCGUGAGAGACCUCUGUCGGGUUCUGCAGCUGCCAUCGACAUUCGAGGACACGGCUGUCGCCUACUACCAGCAGGCGUACCGGCACUCUGGGAUCCGCGCUGCCAGGCUGCAGAAGAAGGAGGUGCUAGUGGGGUGCUGUGUCUUAAUCACCUGCCGACAGCAUAACUGGCCCCUGACCAUGGGGACCAUCUGCACCCUGCUGUAUGCAGACCUGGAUGUGUUUUCUGGCACCUACAUGCAGAUAGUCAAACUCCUGGGCCUGGAUGUGCCAUCGCUGUGCUUGGCAGACCUGGUGAAAACCUACUGUAGCAGCUUCAAACUGUUCCAAGCCUCCCCGUCGGUGCCAGCCACAUACGUGGAAGACAAAGAGAAGAUGAUGUCGCGAACACUGCAGUUGGUGGAGCUGGCAGACGAGACGUGGCUGGUGACCGGGCGGCACCCCUUGCCCGUCAUCACCGCUGCUGCAUUCCUGGCUUGGCAGUCGCUGCAGCCGUCGCAUCGGCUGGCGUGCUCCCUGGCCCGCUUCUGUAAGGUGGCGAACGUGGAGCUGCCCUGCCCCGCGCCCUCCCGCUUGCAGGAGCUGGUGGCCGUGCUGCUGCGGAUGGCCGAGCAGCUGGCCUGGCUGCGCGUCCUGCAGCUCGACAAGCGCUCGGUGGUGAAGCACAUUGGCGACCUUCUCCAGCACCGCCACACGUUGGUCCGCAAGGCCUUUCGAGAUGGACCGGAGGGGCUGGAGGCCGGGGAAGAGGAGGAACCUCGGGAACAGUGCCAGGGGCCAGGGCAGGGAAAAGAGGUGGCCAGGAGUCCCUUUGGUUUGCCUGCGGGGAAGCGGCUGGCCGGUCCUGCCCUUCUCCUCCCACCUUGCAUGUUGAAGCCCCCAAAGCGAGUGUGCCCCCCACCCCCAGUCUCCACAGUCACCGGAGAUGAGAACAUAUCUGAUAGUGAAAUAGAGCAGUAUUUGCGUACCCCUCAGGAAGUUAAGGACUUCGAAAAAGCUCAGGCUGCAAGAGAGGCUGCCAAGAGUGUUUCUAACCCUGAUGUGCAGGCGGGGCAGGGGUAAGAAGUGGGGGGCACACCACCACAUUCUGACAGCUGCUUCAUAAUCAGCCUGUCCUCUCUGGAGAAAUCAGCAUGUGUGAGUUCUGUUGGAAGGAACCAAGAGACUCUGCAGUUACUCAGACCCUGGGUCCUGGAGUAGCAGUUGGGAGCAGGGCAGAGACAAUUGGAUUGGAGGGACCCCCAUCCCUUGGUCCUGGAGAAGUUGUCCCUUUGUAUUACAUGGGAUGGCCUUCCUCCUAGACUGGUUGGGGGGGGGGGUGUUAGGCUUUCUCCUGGUUUGAGUUGGGUACAGUGCUGCUGCUGGUGCGGAGCUGGUAGUGGUGUUUCAAGUGGCAUCGGCCCCCAGGGGACAGGAACUGCACAACUCUGGGCCCCGUGACCACCAGUAGGCACUGAUGGGUUCUUGUGUACGGGGUCACGAAAUCCUCUACCUCAUAACAAAAGGACCGUGGGUGGACUAAAGUUAUAGCUCAAGGGCUUUGCAAAAUUUUAAUAUAUUAAAACAAGAGGCAUCUGCUAGAAAACAUUCUAUUGUAUAAAACUCAAGCUUUUAAAAACA